AUGUUAAAUGAAACUUGUGAUUUCGAGCAACCAUUCGGUUUUACAAUCAUUCAUUUUGUUUGCACAGGAUUAUCAAUUCCCAGUUAUAUUUUGGCAUUUUCGAUUCUGAUUUUCAAAAGUCCCGCCCAUUUUAAAAAGUAUAGAAAUUAUUUAGUGGCUCACAUUUUUUCCGGUCUUCUUCUUGAAAUCCACAUGGGCCAUAUUUGGAAGGUUACUGUAGUUCUUCCGAUUCCAAUCAUGUGUUCGAACAGUUUCACCGCUGAAUAUGCUCCAAUUGUAUUCCAAUUCCUACCUUCUUGUCUUGUUUAUACCGGAGUUUCCAUCGUUUUACUUUUUGUAUAUCGAAUGGAAGUAAUGGUUGUCCAUCGGGCUGAGCAAUUUUAUUACAGAAGAAAGUUAGCUCAUUUCUCAAAAUUUGGGUUUUAUAUUAGCGUCAUCAUUUUGUUGGUUUUAUCAGUUUUGAUUUAUUCAGAUUUGAAGUACCAGAAUGAUUACAAGUUGAAAAUGGAACAGCGUUUCGGUGCAUUCCAACCAUAUAUGUGGUGUGACAAUUGCUUCUUUUUUAAUUUCGAUUCAAUUCGAUUCAAAUCAUUUUAUGUUUUUGGAGCCAUUACAGCCUCUCUUGGAUCAUUUGCAGCUGGAUUAGCAUUUCAUGUGACUAUCAGAACAUUGAAAUCAGUUCGGUCUUCUUUAUCACCCACUACUGCGGCGAUUCAGAAAAACUUUAUCAUCAGUUUGGUGGUUAUGGCAAUAAUUCACGGGAUUUGCAUUUUGCUCCCACUACUUGGCUUGUUAUGGGCAAUUAGUAUUGUCAUCACUUUAUCCAAAUUCCCAUACUUCCCAUAUCUUCUCGUUUUGGUAAUCCAAGAACAUGGCGCAUUAUCAACUAUCACAAUGUUUUUAACCAAUGAUCUUCUACGAAAAAUAUUAUUCAGAAUGUUCUCGAAAAAACCUGUGGAAAGUUUGAAUCAAAGCGAAGUUAACAGGAGCUCAAUUUGA